UCACUGCCCGUCACUGAGCGUAGACACGCUCAAGUUAGCUCCCAGCUUGGAGGCUAGGAAGCCCCAGCCAGUGGACCCAAGCGGCCGUAUUGAUAAUACAGACGUCGAGGAAGAUUAGUUGACUCCUGGGGAGUACAUGAAGCAGGAUUUAGUUGGUGUUAGACCGGCAAGAGCUCUUUGGCUGAUAGUCUGCGGCGGAGGUGAACGUUGGCGCUGGGUCGUGUGGAGGCCCUGCGGGCCGCGUUCAGACACAUCAAGCGAGCUGCUGUGACUGGGUCAAGUUCACUGGAAGAUUGAGAAGGGGACACUGAACCAGACUGCAAGUUUGUCUACAGUUCCAGUGUGGGAGAAGGGAGACGACGUGCGCAGGGACAUGCCUUUAGUGCCAAGGAGGUAGAGGACCUGCCUUCAGGGAGUGCGCACGGAGAGGACGCGCUUCUACAAGUCGUCUAAGGACCUUGUGUGUUCCGGACCUUGAUCACCGGGGGACCGACCACCAGGACAGAGGACCUCAGCAACCAUCGCCAGAGGAUAUGUCGACUUUGUAGAAGAGAGAUUUAAGGAUCAGGGCUCCGGCCGGUCACCAGGAUGGUGAUGACGAAGAUGAUGGUGACGGUGAUGAUGGUGGUGAUGGUGGUGAAGGUUGUAGAAGGGUUUAACCUCCAUACAGACCUGGGCCUGGUAGUCCCUGGACCCAACCAGACCAACUUCGGCUACAGCGUGGCACUGUGGCACAGCCACACUCAGGGCUACAGGCUGGUGGUAGGGGCGCCCCGGGGAAGGAAUACCACAGCAGGCAACAUGACGCUCCCGCUGGGGAACCUCCACCUCUGUGACGCCUCCAGCGGCCAGUGUGACGUCGACCCCUCCCUCCCCAUCCUCUCCACACAUGAUAAGAGUCAGCAAGCUGCUUGGUGGGGGGAGUCUAUACAGUCGCAAGGCAUCGGGUUCGGGGAGAGUCUUUACACCUCCAAGGGUGUAGAGGCCAAGCUUGUGGCGUGCGCCCCGCGGUACCCCAGGAACCAGUUGAGCCUGUCCCUGCAAGGGCGCGGCGCCUGUUAUGUCCUCAACCCCCGACACCACUCCACCACCACCAUCGUCCCCUUUACCUAUGACUACCAUAUAGAUAACGGCGUUACCCUAAGAAACGACUACAGAUACACAGGCAACGGACUGGCAGGCUACAGUGUCUGUGUUACCCAGAACGAGACUCGUGUGUACAUGGGAGUGCCCAACGCCUUCUUUGGUCAAGGAGCCGUGGUGAGCAGACAGACAGACAGUGAUGACAGGGUCGAGUACUCCAGCAAGGAGACCUACGGAUCAGAAGAGCUGGACUUCUCCCAUGAAGGCUGGGCCACCGUGGCCGGCAAGUUUGAUGGCCAAGUGAUGUACCUGGCCACCUCCACCCCCAACACCCUCCUCUUCAAGGGCCUGGUGAAAUUCUACACGGAGGACCUGAAGGAGCUGACGGUGAGGUUCGCAGGGAAGGACGUGGGGGCCAAGUACGGCUACAGCCUCGCUGGGGGAGACCUGGACGGGGACCGGGCCGACGACCUGGUGGUCGGGGCCCCUCUGGCUCCCGGGCUACACCAAGCCCCAGAUGCCGGCAAAGUUUACAUAUACUACUCUCCUGUCAGGGAGCGUGUGUCCAGAGCCCCUCAGGUGCUUAGAGGUCAACAAGCUUGGGGUCGUUUUGGACAAGCUGUCAUGUGCCCCGGAGACCUUAACCAGGAUGGUUAUGAAGACGUGGUGGUUGGUGCCCCUGGCGGGCAGGGCGCCGUGUACGUCUUCAGCGGGUCUUCUGAGGGCCUCAUCCCGACCCCUACCCAGGUAAUCUACGCCUCUGAAUUCGAUACUGGACUGCGUGGCUUCGGCUUCAGCCUGGACGGUGGCCUGGACGUCGAUCUCAACGAAUAUCCGGACAUCAUCAUUGGUUCCCCGGAAUCGGACACAGCUGUGUUAAUCAGGUCGUCUCCAGUGGUGACCCUGGUGGGGUCAGUGACCUUUGACCCCAGUAUCAUACCCCUGCGCAACAAGACGUGCCUGGUCACCAUGCCCGGAAGCAAGGACGUGCAGGAGGUGACCUGCUUUGACCUGGUUAUUGACCUCCAGUACACCUCCAAGGCUAUACGUGACGACCUGGACAUACACCUGACCAUGGAGUUGGAUCCUGAAGAACAGAGACUCGCCUUCAUAGAUUCCCACGAGUCCAAGAUGAACAAUACUGCGAAGAUUUCCUACUACCGCGAGAUGAGGCAACGGAACCACCUCACUGCUUUCCCUGUUUAUGUUAAGCCUGGUCGUCCACGAUUGGACACUCCCGUCAAAGUUUCCGUCAAUGCUAGUCUUCAACCGGUUACGCAGGAGGUGGUUCACUUCUUGGACGGUUCUGAGGGCCGUGACAGGGCUAAUCCUAUCAGUGGCGAUACCAGCGGAUCCUUCGGCAGUCCUCAGGUGCUGCAGGCGGUGGUCCCCAGCGUCCUGGACAUCUUCAGUAGGGCCACCUUCAGCGCCGACGCCCGUCUCGUCUGUCAUGACCAAGAGUCUUGCUUCUCCAAGCCUGACCUCAGUCUUGUGGCUCUCAACACGCGUCCGCUGGUGAUAGGUGGGGAAGGCUUGGUGGUGGAGGUGGUGGUGGGCGUGAGGAAGGACUCUGCUUUCUCCGUACAACUGGGAAUGAAAUACCCGCAGCAACUGGUGUUCAGACGGGUCUCCGGAGAUGUUCACAUCCCCAGGUGCGGGUUCCCCUCCCUCACCAAGGAUGGCGUGAAUACCUUGAUGUGUGUCUUUGGCUCGGAUCUUCAAAAGGAUGAUCAGGUCUCGCUAGCACUCCACUUCGACUACACUCCUGAGGUCUUGCUCGACCACCUGAUGACCUCCGGGGAUACGAAGGUCACUCUGCAGAUGAACGUCUCCAGCAUCAGUCUUGACCUCAACGAGAAGGACAACAACAUCACCCUCGAUAUCCCCACCAUCAGCGAGGUCCUCCUCCAAGUGUCUGGGACCGCGGACCCUGACAGCGUCGAGGGCCGGGUGAACGAGACGGCGGGCGUGGAGACGCUGGCCGGCAAUGUUUCUCUGGACUCUCCAGGGAGGCUGGGCCCUCCCGUCACCCACACCUUCUCCAUCAUCAACCAUGGCCCGUCUCCUGUUCUCUCUCUCAAGGUGGUGCUUGGUGUGCCGUGGCAGCUGGCGGGACGUCUGCCAGUGUUCUACGUUGUGGAGCCGCUCCGGACCUCAGGCGCCAUCACCUGCUCAUCUCCUACUCUUAACCCAAAGAAUUUUAACUUCACGUCUAAAGAAGACGAUAACGGCCGUGAGGAUAUCAGCACCCACGUUGAUAACAGCGUCGUCGACCCUCAAACCAUAAACUUCCCCGACAACCCCCAUCGCAGACGCAGGAGGCAGGCUGACACCCCGGAAGGUCCUCGUCCUCGUAAGCUUUGCGCUGGUGAUGAGGACGUCGCUUGUGAUGCUGGAGGCGAUGACCACGAGCAGGUGGCGAGGGAUCGUAUUGGUGAGGUCGUCUCUCUGAACUGUGAUUACACACCUUGUGAGCUGAUCAUAUGUGAGGCGACGACGCUGAGGGCUGGGAUGCAGGUGGGGGUGUCUGUGACUGGCUACGCCGUGGUGGCUGCCCUCCAGUCUCUGCGUCGCCGAUCAGUGCUGGUGGAGACGCAGGUGACUGUAAAGGUUGACCAUCAGUACAACUUUAUCACCGGCGCCAAUGAGAACGUAACAGCUGGAACACUUGUUACCAUCAUCAAACCAAUGACGUCCAGCGCUCGGACCAUCGGCUGGUGGCACUGGCUCCUGAUCCUCCUCAUCAGCUUCAUCAUCAUUCUCAUCAUCAUGGCGGUCCUGAAAAAGGUGGGCUUCUUCGAGAGGCAGAGGGUCCCCAAGGACGAGCGGGAAUUGAUAAAGAAGAGAGAAAGGGAGACGGAAGGAGAAGAAGAAACUUCUCAAGAGGAACAAAGUGAUGACGCUGAGGGAGCAAAGGCUUGAAAGGUUUUUCGUGAGAGGGAGGUGAGAGACAGGUAGAGAGAGAGGUGAGAGACUAGCAGACAGGUGAGAGACAGGUAUAGAGAGGAGGGAGACUGGCGGAGAGAGGUGAGAGACAGGCAAAGAGAGAGAGAGAAGUGAGACACAGGCAGAGAGAGGUGAGAGACAGGCCGAGAAAGGUGAUAGACUGCCAAAGAGAGGAGAGAGACUGGCAGAGAGAAGUGAGAGACAGGCCGAGACAGGUAGAGAAAGGUGAGAGAUUCGCAGAGUGAGAGGUGAGAGACUGGCAGAGAGAGAUUGGUGAGAAAGAGACAGAAAGAAGCGAGAGAUACAGGAAGGAAAGAUGAGAAACAGAGAUAGGAGAGACCUAAAUGAAAGCCGUAUAUACCUUGUACACUGAGCUCUGUAACUACUUCACACACGCACACAAACUGGAAGAUAUUCAGGCGGUCUCCCCAGAGCUUGUAAGAGUCGGGGACCAGGAGACCAGACUCGCUUGUCGUGACGUGCUUCUUACACCGUGUGUGUGAGUGACUGGCUAUACCCAUCCGGUGAGGUGGAGACUCUUGAUCAACUCACAGCUGGCUCUUGAUCUAUGCUCUGUACUCUCUCAUAGUCAGUACAAUAGCAAAUUGCAAUUUGCUUUGUGUACUUGAGUUUGUCUCAUUCAUAUAUAUAUAUAUAUAUAUAUAUAUAUAUAUAUAUAUAUAUAUAUAUAUAUAUAUAUAUAUAUAUAUAUAUAUAUAUAUAUAUAUAUAUAUAUAUAUAUAUAUAUAUAUAUAUAUAUAUAUAUAUAUAUAUAUAUAUAUAUAUAUAUAUAUAUAUAUAACGUAAUUUGUUGUAUUAUAGAAAAUACAAAUACUCACUAAAUAAUAACUGAUAUAAUUUAUCUUUCUUCUAUCUUAUAAAAUAUUAUUAAUAUUAUUCUUAUUAUUAGUAGUAGUAUUAUUACUACUGGAAAGAUAAUGCACUUGUGUGGGACGACAUGUGUGUGUGUGUACAUGCAAUGACUGAUACCAAUCUACGGUACAGUGUAUGUGAAGAUGGCGCGGCUGCCACUUUCAGGGAUACCUAGAACAAGUGCAAGUGCAGGAGUCGAGGACAGUGUUACAGGUUCGUGCUAGUAACUUCGGAGUUCCUUGGUUCCUGGGGUAAAUAUGCAUUUAAAUUUCUCAGGAAUUUGGGUGAAAAACUAAGUAGGUAAACUAGAGACCCAAAAGCAGCCAAUUUCCUGUUUCAUCGUCUCAGUGUUGCUGCCCAGAGGGAAAAGGCUUACUGUGUUACUGUGUCAUUGCUGAGAAGUCGAAAGAGGGUUUGGUACUGUAGUACAAUUGUAUAAAAUAAAUAUUGAAACAACUGUGAUUCCGUGACAAAACUGUCAUAACAAUCUUACUGAGUCUUUAAAUUUAAAUUAGGAAAUAAUAAAAAUAUCUAGUGGUAUCA